AUGCUCUCAGGUCCGCUCACAAUGCGCUCACCUGCUAUGCUGCUGCUCCUCCUCCUCCUCCUCCUCGGAUUCACCAGCGCUCAAUGGAAGGCCAAGACAAGGGGACCCGGAAGCGCGAAGAUCAAGGUGAACCUGCAAGACUCAUACUCAUCCGAAGAGGCCGAGCAAGAGCCAGAGAGAGAGGGGUGGAGGCAAACGGUGGUGAGAGACGAUAGCGAGCGGGAGACGCGGGAGGCAACCGUGACAUCAGAUGACAAAAACGAAGUUAGCGGAGGUGGAACACACUUUGCGGUUCGAAUUGUAGCUCCCAAGGAGGGGGAGCUGAUCCGACACACUCCGUUUCAAGUGAUCCUGGAAACGUCAGGAGGCUUCACAGUGCCAGAGGAUGGAGAGAUCAUGCUGACUAUGAGCUAUCCCGGACGAGGAGAUGACGUCCGAGUCCUCCAAUCAACAGUUUUCAACUCAUGGAAUCUUCAUCAAGGCGAGUUCACCAUCUCAGCGACUCUGGUGUCAACAAAGGACGAGCCCGUUUCUCCAACGGUAUCCACUCGGGUCAGCCAGAUCAGAGGUCCUCACUUCGUCCUUACGUCACCUGAAGAUGAUCAGCUACAUAUCUCUCAGCAGACCCUCCCUGUCCUCUUUCAUCUUGGAGGGGUUCUGCCGCAGGGAAGCGGAGGAUGUGUAGAAAUUUCUUGUACUCAUCCUCGCGACGAUCCCUUCCUAUUCCGACAGUGCACCUUUGACGAAGGCAAUCCGUUCUCGAUACAGGAUGGUCAACAUCGUCUCGAUGUCAAGAUCUCUCCAGGAAAUUGCACCAUAACGGCAGGAGUUUCGGACGCAAACGGCAGCCCCCUAACCCCGGUCACCUCGCGAGUGUUCAGGGUAGUUGACGAGCAAUACGAGUGUCCUGGCGGUAGUGGCGUCACUUGUCACCAUGGAGAAUGCGUUGAGGAUGGGGAGAGAGAAGCUCACUGCGAGUGCGACCCUGGUUAUCAUGGCAAGCGCUGUCUUCCUCGUUGGGCAGGGGAAGAGGUAGGAGGUGGACGAGGAGGCGUGGAGGAAGCGUACUUGCACAUGAUCAAGUCUGCCCUCCUCGAUACGAUCUAUGCAAAAGACAGACCUGGCGAGACAAAGGUGAAUGCGUUAGGUUGUGGCAAGAAGCAUGGUGGGAAGAAAAGCUGCAUCCUUAUGGCAGCGAUUCUGAGAGCGAGAGGAACCUAUCAGGUGUGGGUGGUCGAUUCCUUCGAGGGCUGCCCAAAACCGGACCCAGAACUUUAUCCGGCAGACAACAAUGAUCAGCAUCACACUUAUGACAAUCUCAGAGUUUCGCUUCACAAAGUAACAAGCAACCUCGCUGACUUCGGCCUAGCUAGCUCGCAGGUCGAGUAUGUGAAGGGGUGGUUUCAUGACACCAUGUACACAGAUCGGAUUCAGAACAUAGAGAACAUCGCACUUUUGAGAUUAGACGGGGACCUGUACCAGUCCACGAUUGAGGCAUGCGACCAGAGCGCGCACCUUUCACUAAGCUUGCAGUAG